AUGGUAGAGCCUCUAAGACACCCCAAGGUCAUGGAGAAAUUGCAAAAUGAGGUCAGAGCUGUAGGCCAAGGAAAAUCAGAGAUAACUGAGGAUGAUUUUGACAAAAUGCAGUAUCUUAAGCUAGUGAUUAAGGAAACUCUGCGGCUUCAUUCCCCAGUUCCAUCACUAGUUCCUCGAGAAUCAACUCGAGACGUCAAAGUAAUGGGAGACCCUUUGCUUUGGGAGAAGCCAGAGGAAUUUCAGCCAGAGAGAUUUCUGAAUGUUGGAAAACCAGAGGACAUGGAUAUGACUGAAGCUGGUGGCAUCGAUGUGCAUAGAAAACUUCCUAUACUUGUUCUUGCCACUCCAUAUUUUCCUUAG